AUGGACGCGAGCAUGCAGAGCGAGUCGCCCAGCACCUCCCGCCGUCGCCCGCGAGAGUCAGAAACAGAGAGCCAGAAGAUCAAGCGCGAGAAGGCCGCGGAGAGGCAGCGCAGAAAGCGGGAGCGGGACCGCAAGAAUGCUGGUAUGGCCGUUGUUGGCUCGUAUUAUGGCGUUGAAAACCAACACCUUGCUGCAGUAGCACUACAGGAACACCAGGCCGCGCUCGCCGCCCAGCAACAGCUGCAGCAGCCUGCGGCGCAGCAGAUCCAGCCACAGCAGCCACAGCAGCAGCAGCCACAGUCCGCACAGGAGUACGCGGGGCAUGAGCUCACGCCUGAGGAGAUUCUGCGCCGAGAUCGGGUCCGUGCGGCUGCGAGAGAAAGACAGCGCAAGCACCGGCAGCUGGUGAAACAGCGGCGGAUGCGCGAGCUCGGCAUCGAUAUGGGCAACGAUAUCAUGCCAGGCAUGGAAGAGGUACAUUACCGUGCUGCUGCUGACGGCCAGUAUCACCAGGUUCUGCCACCAGAGCUGCAACAGCAGCUGCAGGCGCCCCAUCCGCCCAUUCCGCACCACGAGCCGCCGUUCCCCCAGGGUCCCCCUUUAGGCGGCCAGACGUUUGCGUCCACGCUACUGCUCUCCUUUUCGUGCGCGCCAUUACUUAAGCAGCAUCUGCUGCGCACAUUGGGUAUGUCCAACGAGGAGCUGGCGUCUCUGGAACCCAUCAUUGCCGAGGCAUGGGAUCGUUGGGAUCAUCAGCGCCGGAUGCACUAUGCUGAGCAAGUUGCGAAGAACGGUGGCCAACCACCUCCCAUGCCACCUCCUUACGGCGUCGAGAUGAGCCACGACCCAUCAGCACCGCCGCCCCCACACCCUUUCCCGCACCCCGGCGGACCUCCGCCGCCAACCGACCCCAACCAGGCCGGCAACGACUUCCGCGCACGCUUCCACCGCUCUAUCAUCGUGCCGACGCCGUUCAGGACGACGUUCACUGACGCCGCGCAGCAGCAGCAGCAACAACAACAACAACAGCCACAGCCACCAGCGUCCACCGCGACACCUUCGAGCUCCGGAUCCGCGCCAGCAGAGGCGAUCGACCCGCACCUUGCAGCCACGAACGGCAGCAACAGCACCAGCACCAGCACCAGUACCGCAACCAAAAGUGAGACAUCCGCAUCCCUCUUCGACGAGCUUCUCACGACUGGCUCUCCUUGA